AUGUUUGCCUGCGAGAUCUGGUCGGCAGCUUCUCCCUACUAUGCGAAUCUACUAGCCAGCCGGACCAUUGGUGCCUUUUUCGGAUCGUGUACCGAAGCUAUGGGAGCUUUAACUGAUAUCUUCUUUCUGCACGAAAGGGUUUCCAAAAUGGGAAUCUACCUCCCAUUUCUCAAUCUGGGCAACUCACUCGGUCCCCUGGUGACAGGGUUCAUGACUCAAGGUGUUGGUUGGCGCUGGGUGUCAUGGCUCUGUGUCAUCAUAUCCGGCAUUACCUUUCUGGGGAUCGUUUUCUUCUUUCCAGAGACACGGUGGCACCGCUCCAUCGACGCUGCGGUCACCAAAGAAGCUGUCGCUGUGGAAGAAACCCCCGAAGUGAAAUCGAUGGACGAGAAAGCCAUCGAGAACAUUGAAAGCCGUACUUGCACUUCCGACCGUCUCACUGGUGUCAAGAAGACAUAUCUUCAUGAGCUCAGUAUCUGGUCCGGCAUCAGUGAAGUCUCAUACUUCAACCACUUGAUUCGACCCUUUCCCUUGCUUGCAUAUCCUGCUAUUGCACUAGGGUCACUUUCCUACUCGGUUCUUUUGGCAUGGCUCCUCGGUAUCGGGUCGUUGAGAUCGUUUGUCUUUUCGAUUCCACUAUACAAGUUUGGCCCUGGUGUUAACGGCCUUACCGAUAUUCCGGGACUAGGUAUGGCAUAUCUUCGCUCAGAAGUUUUGGUUCUACAGUUAACUGACAGACGGGUCUUGGCUCGUUGUACAGUUGGUACUUGUCUCGGUGCCUUUAUCGGGGGUAAGUGUACAGAUGUCUAUGCCCGGCGCCAGGCUCGCUGGAAUAGCGGCAAGUUCCUACCUGAAUAUCCACUCGUCCUCCUUAUUAUCCCAUUUAUACUCGGACCAUGUGGUCUGUUGAUGUUUGGGAUUGGCGCUCAGAGAUCGCUUCCCUGGACCGUGCUCUUCAUUGGUUCGGUAUGA